AUGUUUUUGGAGAAGCUUGUCGAGGUUGGAGAGGUGCCUCUUAGUGCAAUCGGCGGUAGAAGAGGAAGAAGAAAUUACAGAAGGAUUGAGGGGAGAUUGGUUGUACUUGAAGCUGUCGGCGCCCCUCGCCUGAAAAAGGUGGACCUGGUGCGCCGGGAGGGAGGUCGCGUCCUCAAUAGCUCCGGCCACGUGGGCCGGGUCUGGGGGAACCGAAUUGGGAUCGUCGGGUUGAUCUACGCGAUGGCAGAGAGUGGGAUUGUUGCGGCUACGGAUCGGGAUGACGUUUGGACCAGCGUUGCGGCCGGGCUCGGGACCGGCGCCGUUUGUAGGGCGGCGAGAGGGGUGAGGUCUGCUGCUGUCGCUGGGGCUUUGAGAGGGCUGGCUGCAGGAGCUGUGGUUAGGGUUGGGCAACGGGACGGGACGGGAUACCCGUCCCGUUUGAAACGGGUACCCAGUCCCGUUUGGAGGCCAAAGUCCUUCCCAUAUCCCAAACCCAUAUGGGAAACGGGUAUCCAUUAA